AUGAUGGGUAGUAACCCCUCUGUCAUUCAGCUCACCACGGCCGACGCCAUCCCGCUAAUCCUCAUCCACGACGGCGGAGGGACGUGCACCCAAUACUUCCGCCUCGCCAACCUCAACCGUCCAGUCUAUGGAAUUCACAACCCUCGUCAUCUAUCAGGCCGUGCUUGGGACGGUGGCAUUCCAGAAAUGGCCGCUGUCUACGCCGAUCUCGUGCGUACUGUCGUACCCGAUGGCCCAGUUCUUUUGGGGGGAUGGUCUCUCGGCGGGGUUUUGGCGCUUGAAGUGGCACAGCGUCUGCCGUGUCACUCAGUCCAGGGUCUUGUCAUGAUCGACUCUGUCUUCCCUCAACGCCACCCCGCCGAUACGCGACUCGUCGUUCCAUACCGUCCAGCUUUCACAGAGGCACAAUCGCUCCUAUUCCAACGUGCUACCAACCGAGCUAUGGACUUGUCCGCUGCUAUGCUCGACCGCUGGCCUCCAUCCGAGCCUCCACUUAAUCAACCCCCGGCAGUCCUACUUCGUGCCACCGACCACUACACACCUGCCGAAGAAAAUUACGUUACGAGAGUCGACAUUCAUCGCAACGAGCUGUUACUCGGCUGGGACCGAUACUCUCCGUCUUUUAUACAAGAUGUUCUGUUUGUUCCGGGCCAUCACUUCGCUAUUUUUUCUCAUACACACCUAGAUCGUCUUAGUUAUCAGUUAGACCAAGCCUGUCAGAUGCUUACGCGGAAGUAG